AUGAGGCGCCAGACCGAGCUCAAGCACGGCCGCGUGAGCAUGCUGGCGACGAUGGGUUACAUCACGCCCGAAAUCACCGGCAAGCUGCCCGGCUACUUGUCGCCUUCGGCUGGCCUGAAGUUCGCGCUGGGCGUGCAGGACCCCGUGGGCUUUUGGGACCCUGCCGGGUUCACAGCGGAUGGUAACACGGCGAAUUUCGCCAGGAGGCGUCAGACAGAGCUCAAGCACGGCCGCGUGAGCAUGCUGGCGACGAUGGGUUACAUCACGCCCGAGAUCACCGGCAAGCUGCCCGGCUACUUGUAG